CAUAACAUGGUCGAUGAGACUUGGCCUGCCCACAUCAAGGUUGAAGCGAUGUCCGCCAGAAGGUCAUUGAUACGGCGGGCGACAACAGCAGUGAAGGAAGCGCUGGGGAUCAUCCAGAUGGAAUCACCAACGAAAGGGCAGCAUGCCGAGAUUCCCCGCCUCCGCCACAGUGGUUAUCGUCAUCGCUGCAACCCACCGCGCACUCUGCUGCUCCCACCCAGCCGUUGUCGCCGCAAACCCUAUCACCGGCCUGAGCCCCCACCCUCAACAUCAUCCCCCAGCGUCCCAUGCCCGCGGCCGUGAUGAAGCGGGGCUCCACGACCAAAUCGCUCACCUGGCACGCGACGGCCACUCCAAGAAGUGGUACAACGCGGAAUUGGAGCUCCUGCAGCUUCUACGGGAGUACUUUGUGCCGUACCCGCAGAUUGUGGUGUUGAGUACCUUCCAGCUGCGUUACACCUUCGCUCCGCGUUGGCUAGGGGCACGCCAGGCACUGACUGAACAUUUUAGGCCAUGUCGAAUCGCCACACCGUCAACGCCUGUGAGUCUCGCAUGGCCUUGAUCAAGAAGCGGGGCCAGGGUGUGGAAGACAUGGAGUCUUGGGCCUCUAGAUCGAUCGCUCCUUUCAGUCUGUUGUGGUACUCACAACAAACAUGCGCUGUCAAAGAUGGCCUCGCGUUCCUGGACAUUGGUACAGACUUGGUAGGUUUGUGCUCAGCUUCAGUAAGUGACAGAAAACUAAAUGGGGCACCUCGGGGCCAGACGAGGGCUCGUCAUGACUGUUGUUAGAAAUAGCCGUGACAUCCAUGCUCUCUACAAUCAUCCAGGUAGCGGG